GGCGGGUACCCGGCGGCUGGACCCAGCAUCCGGGCGGCGGCGAGACCAUGUCGGACCUGGGCUCGGAGGAGCUGGAGGAGGAGGGAGAGAAUGAUCUUGGGGAGUAUGAGGGCGAGCGGAACGAGGCGGGUGAGCGCCACGGGCAUGGGAGGGCCAGGCUGCCCAACGGGGACACGUACGAGGGCCAGUACGAGAACGGGCAGAGGCACGGCCAGGGGACCUACAAGUUCAGGUCCGGUGCCCGGUACAUUGGCGAGUACAACAAAAACAAGAAGCACGGCCAAGGCAUCUUCAUCUACCCAGACGGGUCUCGCUACGAAGGGGAGUGGGCCGAUGACCAGCGGCACGGCCACGGCACCUACUACUACGUGAACAACGACACCUACACUGGAGAGUGGCUGGCCCACCAGAGGCACGGCCAGGGGACCUACCUGUACGCGGAGACGGGCAGCAAGUACGUGGGGUCCUGGGUGCACGGGCAGCAGGACGGUGCGGCCGAGCUCGUUCACCUGAACCAUAGGUACCAGGGCAAGUUCCUGAGCAAAAACCCCGUGGGCCCCGGCAAGUACGUCUUCGACGUGGGCUGUGAGCAGCAUGGGGAGUACCGCCUGACGGACGUGGAGCGGGGAGAGGAGGAGGAGGAGGAGGAGACACUGAUCUCCGUGGUGCCCAAGUGGAAGGCCAUCAAGAUCACGGAGCUGGCCCUGUGGACACCCAGCCUCCCCCAGGAGCAGCCCCCCACCGUGGGGGCCGUCCCCGAGGAGCCCCCUGCCGCUGAAGGCAUGGCCGAGGUCCUGGAGGAGGCACAGGGUUUCGGCGACUUCUCGGACCUGGAAGGUGACUUCCUGAAGCCCGGUGAGGAGGACGUCACCAUGUCCGACAGCCACGAGUACCGGCCAGACGAGUUCCGAUACGACCCCUUGGACAACUCUGCAAGGCCCUGCGGGGGACGGCAGGGGCUCCACUGCUGCUGGCCCUGCCCCUGCCCCCCCCCCCCAGCCCAGUGAGCUGAUAAGGGGCAGCCAGGCUGAGUCUGGAGGAAGCAGGUCCUGGGGGCUGUCAGCAUGGAAAUGGAAGGUGGGGGCUGCAGUUUACUGAACAGCCGCUCAGAAUCCGGGACUUCCUUGGGAGGGGGACCCAGCAGGAGUGGAGCACGCCCCCCCUUCUCUUUGUCCAAGCAGAAGACAGCGCCCCGCUUCCUUCCCAGAGCCGGUGGGCGCAGGUGGGGGAGGCCGGCUCCGGCCGGCUCGCAGUGGCGAUUCCGUUUUGACGUCCGUCUAGACGGGCACGGCCUCUGCUGGCUUUGCUGCCUGUGUGCAAGUAGAAUCUACAGGAGUCUGUGUGUGACGGGCACACCCCGGGCUGGCUAAGCUCUGCUCAGUAGUCACCAGAUUUUGGGCCGGGCUGUGGCACACGUAUCGCUACGCUCAGGGACCCGGGUUCGAGUCCCCGCUCCCCAGCUGCUGUGUGUGUGUGUGUGUGGGGGGGGGUGGGGGCACUUUAGGAGCAGCGGAGCAGGUCUGCAGGGGUGUCUCUGUCUCUCUCCCUGUCUUCCACUUCCCUCUCGAUUUCUCUCUGUCUCUGUCCAAACUAAACGAGUAAGCA